AUGCGCCGCCUAUAUCGUCAUCUUGCUUCCUUUUUCUUACUCCCUUCCUGCCCUGGAAACACCAUACAAUCCAUCACAUCAUAUCCUGCCAAUGCACUAUUACGCAGCUUUCGGCACGUGAGUACGGAAACACCAGUUCGGAACCGGGUACACAAUAGGGAUAGUCAAAGCUGUCCAUUUUUUCCGCUGAUGGAUGACUGA